AUGGAAAAAGCUGCAUUGGCCCAGCAGGUUUUAGAAUUGGAGAAAACACAACAACUAUUGGCUGAUAAAGAAGUCGAAUUUAUAAGACUGAACUCUAAGUCAGAAGCAGUUCUACAGGAAUUAGACGAGCAACAAAAAUUCUUCAAACAAGUGAUGGCAAUUCUCGAAGAAAAUACCUCAUUCUCUUUACAUUAUGUCGAAAAAGAGAUACUGGACGAAUUAUGUAGACAGAAGGAAUCAGAAACCUUGAGAUUGAAGGAAGAAAGUGCACAAUUACAGAUAUGCUACAACACUAUUCAAGAUAAGGACCUGGAAAUCCCAAGAUUGCAUAAUCUUGUUAGUGAUUUACAAACACACAUGAAUCAGAUUACAGAGAAAGAUAAAGAGAUUAUAAAUCUCACUCAAAAUUUUGAACAUUUGAAUGAUAAAUUUAAGCAAUUGGAUCAGAAAGAAGCAAAAAUUAUUAGACUGCAAGCAGCUAUGGAUGAAUACAAGAAAGCACUUACCAACAACGAAAGAGAACUUUAUAACUUACAAAAACAAUUAACUGACACCAAUCUAGUAGUUGAAAAUCAGAAACAACAAUUACAAGACUAUAAUGCUCUUCAAAGCACUUUUGAUGAAAGAAAUCACCAAAUAUCCACUUUAUUUUAUUGUAUUGUUGAUCUACAGACUAAUAUCAUUUGA